UGCCAUCCUAUACUCCCACAUCCAGUCAGCCUGAUUCACCAUCCACAUAUUCGGCCUCAUUUCCACAGUAGACAGCAGCGCCACUGACUCCUGUUACAGACAUCCAGCCAGAGGAAGCACCUCACAGCAGUAAAAGUUACACAUUUCUUUAUCUCUGCUGUAUCCUGUGCACUUUACUGCAGAGCCAUAUGGAGAAGUCCUCUGAUGUUCACCCCAGUCACAUGCCUGGAUCCAGUGUGACAUCCAGGAAGAAGAGUAAGAGGGGAGACAUGGUGCCUAACAGAAGUCACCGGCAAACGGGAUCGAAAGCAGGCCAGCUCCCUGAGGCAUCAUCAGUGAGAAAAGAAAGGGUACGGAAGGAGAAACCAGAGACAAAUGAGGUGAAGGAACAGGAGACAGAGGUGAAGUUGAAAUCUACAGUGGUGGACAUAGACAGAGUGAGAGAUGAUGAGGUCAAGGAGGAGAACAUGGGGCUCCUGGAAGCAGCAGAGCAGGAAGAUGUACUGUGGCUCUCUGCAGGUUUGAAGCGCAAGAACCUGGGAGUGUUUGAGUGGCUGUUGAUGGUCUCUGUCUUGGCGCUGGUUCUCCUCCUCCUCCCUGUGUCUAUCUGGUUCUGUGUCAAAGUAGUGAGGGAGCAUGAGAGAGCUGUGAUCUUCAGACUGGGUCACCUGCUACGUGGAAGACCCAGAGGUCCAGGCCUCCUUUUCUACCUCCCACUCCUUGAUGUGUGUCACAAGGUUGACAUCCGACUGAAAAUGCUGAAGGUUCCUCUUCACACGGUGGUGACAAAGGACUUGGUAAGGCCGGAGCUGAGUGCAGUGUGUUAUUACCAGAUAGAGAAUGUGGCUCUGUGCAGCACAGCUCUGUUCAGUCUGAGCACAGUGUUGCAGUCUCUGGUCCAGGCGGCGGUCAGAGACGUUCUCGCCCAACACACAUUCAACCACAUCCUGCUGCACAGGAGGAGGAUCGGUCAGCAGAUACAAGCAGCUGUUGACUCUGUUGCUUGUCGCUGGGGCAUCCGGGUGGAGAGAGCGGACAUAGACGAGCUCAGUUUUCCUGUGGAGUUACAGCAGAGUCUGGCUGCUGAGGCUGAGGUCAAGAGACAGCAGGCCAGAGUAAAAGCUGCAGAAGGAGAGACAGCUGCCUGGGACGGGUUCAGGGCCUCCUUCCGUCACCUCCAUCCUGCCCUGAUCCUUCCAUUCCCCCCAGAUCUCCUCAGCUUGACCUCUGACCAAUCAUCUCUACCUCCACCUCCUCCUCCUGCCAUGGAAGAAGAGGGAGGAGUGACAGAGGAGGAGCCACAAACAGACUCGCCGAUGAUGUGACAGA